CCUGCACUAUGUAUAAAUACCUGACUUUACGCUGAGGCUUACUUCUCAUACACUUACUUUUGUUAGGUAUGUCUGGACGCGGAAAGCAAGGUGGCAAGGCUCGCGCCAAAGCCAAAACUCGCUCUUCUAGAGCUGGACUCCAGUUUCCCGUGGGCCGAGUGCACCGCCUGCUCCGCAAGGGCAACUACUCCGAGCGCGUCGGAGCCGGCGCCCCGGUGUACUUGGCGGCGGUGCUGGAGUACCUGACGGCCGAGAUCCUGGAGCUGGCGGGCAACGCGGCCCGCGACAACAAGAAGACCCGCAUCAUCCCGCGCCACCUGCAGCUGGCCAUCCGCAACGACGAGGAGCUCAACAAACUGCUGGGCCGCGUAACCAUUGCGCAGGGAGGCGUCCUGCCCAACAUCCAAGCUGUGUUGCUUCCCAAGAAGACUGAGAGCCACCACAAGGCCAAGGGAAAGUAAAGAAUAGGAGUAUUAAAAGGCUCUUUUCAGAGCCAC